AUGAAGCCUUCCACACUUCUCAGCAUUGCUACGAUUGCCAUUGUCGGCACAGACGCCUGGAGCUUUACCGUCUGGACCGACAAGGAUCAAAAGGGAAAAGAGCGCCACUACCACAGCAGUCUCGGGGAUAACGAUUGCUACAAUUUCGACGACUCAAUUACUUCCAAGGGCGUCGGCUCCUUUGAGUUCUGUAGCUUCAUCUGGACUCGCUGUUCUGUCUCUAUCCACAGCGACAUCGGUUGUCGCGGCAAGAAGCUCGGAUCCGCCACAGCUGCGCACAAAGGGUUCCUGAUACCCACAAAAUGGUCCAAGAACAGCAGUAAAGCCGGCCAGAAAAUGAAGAGCUUUAGGAUCCAGGGCUGCAAGCACAUACCCGUGACGGGAGGGUCGUUGGAUAUUGCCAGUUGUAAGAAUGAAAGGUUCUAG